CAUAUAUACAUGCGCAUAAAUAUAAUGUGUGUAAGUUGUAUAUAGCGUUUUCUUCUUGAAAUAGUGAACUAUUCUUCUUUUAAAUAAGUCAAAUAAUAUGUUUUAGGGGAAACCCCUAUUUAUUUGCAAAAGUGUUAGAAUGUGUCAGUAGUGUAUCAAUCUUUGUCCAUAAUCUUUUAUGCAAUUGAAAGCAGGAAAUCAGGAAAUUAAAUUCUGACGCAACAGUUUCAAUAAGGAAUAGAUAUAAGUUGGUAGACAAAGGGAUUAUCUCCAAAAGGGACGUAGCGUCGUGGGCCUGGAGCAUCUUCGAAUCCAGCGAGGGAUAGUGUCGCUGCACACUGGAAGGACUACUUUUCUAAAAAAUAAAAAGAAUGGCAGGUUCAAACAAAACUCGCGAAAAACUGAAAAAUCUCGAAUGUCCAUUUACAUGGGGAAUGAACAAAAUAGAUGAAGUUGUAAAAAAUCAUGAAGAGACAAAAACCCACGAUGAUGAAGAAUCCGUCCCAAUAUUGAAAUGGAUGCGUUUAUUAGUACACGCUUAUGAAAGCGUUGUAAAAAAUUACUUGACUGAAGCAAAUAAAUGCAUCGUAUCUGCAGAAGAAUUUUGGGACUAUGUUAAAGCCGAGCAUGCAGAUCAUAUUUCUUUGAAUGUACUAGAUAAUAUUUUUAAGGGUACAAAGUGUUACGUGGAAUUGGAAGCAGGUCAUUUGGAAGAAGUUAAACAGAUUUUAGAAAGCACGCUUGACGUUAACUAUAAAGCCAGUGCAAAAGACAGAAGUACAUUGAAUGGAUGCAAGUGCCUGGCAUGGUCCAAGUAUAAAGAUGCUGGUAAUUUAGGGAUCGGAAGGGCUAUCCAUUUCGCUGAAUUAGCGAUUAAAGAUAAUCCAAACUUUGCUGUUUGGCAUUUUAUGUUUGCAAAAAAUUGGAGACGCCAAAGGCGAAUUGCACAGUGUGUGUCUAAGCCCUCAGUAAACGAAGAAAAGGCCUUUGAAAAAGCAUAUGAAUUAUCCUCAAAACCGAUUUAUGGAAUAUUUUUUGCCCAAUGUCACAAAGAGAAACGAAACUUGUCCAAAGCUUUAUCAAUAUACAAGAAAAUAUUUAAUACAAAACCAGAAAGUUGCGCUGUACGAUUACGCUUAGCUCUUGGGUUCAUCCGACAGAGAGAGUUGAAAAUGGCAAAGGAAUGCCUUGAUUAUGUUGAGGAAAGAUUCCCUAAUGAUUGUAUGUUCUUGCAUUAUAAAGGAAUAUAUUUGGAAACUCUUUGUAAUUACAAAGAGGCUGCAGAGUAUUUUCUAAAAGCUCAUAAAGAAAAAAAUUAUGGAGCAGCAAUGUCCUAUCUAAAAUGCAAAGCUAAAUUGCGAGAUGGAUUUGACUUCGUCCAAUACUUGGAAGAAAUGUUUAAGACUUAUGCCACUUUCGAAGACAGAGACCUUGAUAUUUUGUUGCAAAUUGCCGCCUGCAGUUAUUUCUGUGAUAAUGAUUUACCAGGUGCGGCAAAAUAUUAUUUGCAAGCUUUCGAAAAAUAUCCGAAUAAUAGAUUGUACCAGUGUCAUGAAUGCGUACUUGGAGGUAAGAGUAAUGUAUACGAUUUUCUACGAAACGAUUUUCUCAAAAAAGCCUUUGCAUGUCGUGACUUAGACUCUGGUACUAAAGCCAUUUGUGAAAAAUUGAAGGACUGCUGUGAUAAGAAAUACAACUCUAACAGAAAAUCUGCAGAAUCGAGUUUCAGUAAAAUGAAACUCUGAAAACAGAAUCAGUGUUGAUUUUUACAUUUUUUAAAUGACCGAAAAAUCUGAUGCAUGCGUUUCUUAAACAAAUUUCAAUACUUUUUUAAAAAUAAUUAAUAACUUUUAGAAGUUAAUGUUGUUCAAUAUUUAUAUUACCUAUAAUUUACAUACAUGGUUUGUUUGUUAUAACGUUAUACUAAUAUAAUCAAUUUGUAACUUACUCUUUUAUUAAAAAUAAAUGACAAAUCGUUGCUGGUACUUUGACACAAAAGCAAUACAUAUUCAGUUAC